AUAUUUAUAUUUUCCAAUAAUCUCAAAAAAAAACUCUCUGAUUCGAAAAGUGAAAUUUGAUUUUGACAAAAAAAAAAUGAGCUACGACAGAGUCCCACCGGAAUCGUAUCCUCCUCCAGGAUACCAAUCUCACUAUCCACCUCCGGGUUAUCCAUCAGCACCGCCACCGCCGGGAUAUCCUUCUCCUCCGUCGCAUCACGAAGGAUAUCCUCCACCUCAGCCUUACGGAGGAUAUCCACCACCGUCUUCACGUCCUUACGAAGGCGGUUAUCAAGGCUACUUCGCCGGAGGAGGUUAUCCUCAUCAGCAUCACGGACCACCACCUCCUCCUCCGCCGCAAAAUUACGACCACUGCCAUCAUGAUCAUCACCAUUACCAAGAUUCUGACUCUGGUUGCUUCUCUUUCAUCCGUGGCUGCCAUAAUGUGAAACUCAAGAGUUCCGUUGUGAACCCUGACUUGACUUCUUUAUCAUUUUGUUUGGUGGCCAAUUAUCGAAAUUUUAGAGCAAGAGAUUCUCUUGCUGCUCUUUGCUGUUGCUGUUUGUUGGAGGAAUGCUGCUUCUGAGAAUGCCGCCAGUCUCUGUGGAUCUCGUCGUUUACUGUCAGCAUUAUGUGUCUAAUCGAAGACAUAUGCCAUAACACUCUAUGUCUUGUGUACUAUCGUGUGUCAAUGUCUGUUAAUGUUUACCUCUUUGUUUGAGAGUGCACUCAUCCAGAGCAUGGAUUAGACAAGUAGGUUUCUUGUGGAUGUCAUUGUAAUUUGUAUUAUUUGGAAAACGUGAUUGGUAUUUUACCUAAAUUUAUGUUUUCAAUGGCUGAAUUACGGUGAUAAUAAAAUGCGACAUUUGU